CCGAACUCUUCAUUAUUGAACCAUGACCUCCACGGAUACUACCCCAAGUCGCAGUAUUGUCAUCAUUGGUGCAGGGAUAAUUGGAUGCUCGACGGCCUACUACCUCUCUCGCCAUCCUUCUUUCUCGCCUUCUACUACUGUCCGCAUUAUCGAAGCCUCAAUCAACGGCCCUGCUCAGGGAGCCUCCGGCAAAGCGGGCGGAUUGAUAGCCCAAUGGGCUUAUCCGAAGGAACUGGUAGAUGUAUCCUUCGCCGAACACGUCAAACUCGCGAAGAAGCACAAUGGCAAAGAACGAUGGGGCUGGAGAUACGUCGAAACCGGCAGCUGGGAAGGCAGAGGGCUUUUGAGCGAGGAGAGUGGAUCCGGUGUGGGCAAGGGCGGGAAAAGGAAAAGCUUGGAAAAGACGCUUGGACUGGAUUGUGAUGUUUCCCAAUCAGAACGCAAGUCUAAAGGUCUACCGGACGAUUUGCUUUGGGUCAGAGAUAGUCUCACUGAUGCGUAUUCGCCCAUGGCUGCUACCGGGGAAACUGCCCAAGUCUACCCGUAUCAAUUCACGACGAGCAUGUUGGAUCUCGCCAAAGAAAAGGGCGUCGAGUUUGUUUCCGGAAAGGUUACUUCUAUUAAACAACUUGACGGUCGAGUCACUGGUGUGGUUUACAACAAACCGGGAACCCAGAAGAAGGUCGAAAUUGACGCAACCGAUGUUGUCCUCUGCGCCGGAGCCUGGUCGCCGUCACUGGUCCCUGGACUUCCCGUUACCGGAACACGAGCGCACAGUAUCACCAUUCGGGCGACUCCCGGCACCAUCAUUGCGCCAUAUGCCUUAUUCACAGAAAUUACAUUACAGCAGACCGGCGAGAACGCGAAGAGAGUUACUCCAGAGGUAUACGCUCGACCAAAUAAUGAGGUAUAUGCCUGUGGUCCAGGUGAUGAUUCCGCACUUCCGGAGACUGUGGACGGCGUAGAGGUAGACGAGGCCGCAUGCGAAAGCAUUCGCAAGCACGUCAGUUCUAUAUCUAAGGAGCUCAGUGAAGGGACGGUGGACAAGCGACAAGCGUGUUUCCUUCCAAUUGUCAAGUACAACAGCGAUCCCCUAGUUGGGGCUGCAACGAAGAUUGCUAAGGGUCUAUUCAUCGCAGCUGGCCAUACAUGCUGGGCAAGUCCAUUGCUUCUUCGUCCCCAUUACCCUUAUCAACGCUCUAUUACUAGGGGAUCUGCAAUGCUCCAGGUACUGCGAAAGCUAUCAGUGAGCUCGUUAUGGAUGGCAAGAUCCGAUGUGGAAAUUUGAAGAAACUAGACCCCUCGAGAUUCUCCUAAUAGGUCCAGGCCUGUAUUACAUGUAUAUGUGACUGUACAGUUUGUUAUCGCCUCAAUUUUGAGUCUCAUUCCAGUGCGUUCUUUUAUGCCGGCGUCUUUCGUUAGGUCUUCAAAUGUAAACGCAUAAAUACAGCAGAUAAUGCGGUAACGAAUGGACCGCGAUUGGAGCAGCUUU